UUUUGGGGAUUUUUUUUGUCCUGUUCUUCUCUUCACUCCCCUCUCUCUCCGCAAACCAGACUGUCUGCGAACUUUUUUCUAUGUGUUGAUUCAUUCGCUCUCCGCUGAUGUAUCUGCAAAACGCAGAGACAUCUCGGAGCGCAAACGCAGCAGCAUCAUCACCACCACCACCACCACCAUCAUCAUCGUCGUCGCCGCCAGCACCAUGUCCCGACGCAAGCAAGCCAAGCCGCAGCACCUCAAGUCGGACGAGGAUCCCGCACUAACCGCCGGGGUGAUUUCCGAACACGCCCGAGGUGAUGUGCUGGAUGAUGCCGACAGCGGGAAUGAGAGCCGCAGUGGCAGUGAAGAGACCCACGUAUGUGAGAAGUGUUGCGCUGAAUUCUUUAAGUGGUCAGACUUCUGUGAACAUUUAACGAGCUGCACCAAGAACCCCUUGGUACUUAUAGUGAAUGACAAUGAGGACACACCUAACCCCUCCCAGGAGUACCCUUCAGAGCCUUCCCCUGUACCCAGCUGUCCUAGCGAGCAGGCAGACAGUGAGGACCCUAGAGAGGGCAACCACAGUCCUGCCGGUGAGGGGGAUGACGUCCUAGAGACAGCAACCUUGAAUGGGGUAAAUGUCCUACAAAAAGAGGAUGAGCCGAUGGAGAUUGAGCUUUCUCCUGAAAAAAAUAUGGACCCUGAAGAGAGAGAUAUGACAUCCCCCGAGCCAGACGGCUCCCUACCUCAGCUCAACGACGACGUCUCCCCCACUGUUACAAACUACACCAUGCCCAGCACCAAUGUUACUUUGGAGACUCUGCAUGGCACCCGGGUCGCAGUGGCCCAAUUUUCACAGAGUGUAAGGGCAGCAGCAGGUGCUGGGGUGUCCACCAUGGCUAUUCCAAUGAUCCUGGACCAGCUGAUGGCGCUACAGCAGCAGCAGAUACACCAGCUGCAGCUAAUAGAACAAAUACGCAGUCAGGUGGCUCUGAUGAAUAGGCAGUCUGCCCCACAGCCUGCUCUCAAUCACCAUCACAGCAAUGCAUCUGGAAACCAGGGGCCUGUGUCCUCCUGUGUCCCCCCUGUCGCUAGUCAACUUCAACUACACAACUUCAUCACCCCUCCUGUCCAUCAGCUGCCUGUUAGGUUGCCAGCAACUCUUAAUGGUCAAGGCUCUUCACCUUUGACCACAGCAAUAGAGGGUCCUCUCUCUCAAACACCACAAAGUGGCAGUCAGCAGUCCAACUCUUCGAUCCCUAACACAACCUCAAAUAAUACAGUGUUUCCCCAACCCAGUGUUACUGGUUUGUCAUCUCUAAUUCCCUCUUGCUCGUCCUCCAUCACAAACAACAACAUUAGUACCAGUAGUAGUGUAACCGGAGGUGGUGGCAUUAGUAACAGCUCAGCUCUUCCCAGGAACUCCACCACUCCUCCCUCACUCAGCCACAGUAGCCUCCUGAGCUCUGCCUCCAGUCUACCACUGAUACCUCACAGCUCAUCCAGCAGUGUUAUCUUCCCCAACCCUCUGGCCAGCAUAGCAGCCACAGCCAAUGCGCUCGACCCCCUCACUGCUCUGAUGAAGCAUCGCAAGGGGAAACCCCCAAAUGUGUCUGUGUUCGACACUAAGCCCAGCUCCGAGGACCCCUUCUUCAAGCAUAAGUGUCGGUUCUGCGCCAAGGUGUUUGGCAGUGACAGUGCCCUACAGAUCCACCUGCGAUCCCACACUGGAGAGAGGCCCUACAAAUGCAACAUAUGUGGCAACCGUUUCUCCACCAAGGGGAAUCUCAAAGUCCAUUUCCAGAGGCACAAAGAGAAAUACCCACAUAUUCAGAUGAACCCUUACCCUGUGCCAGAGUACCUGGACAAUGUGCCCACAAGUUCAGGCAUCCCAUAUGGCAUGUCUUUGCCCCCCGAAAAACCUGUGACCACAUGGCUAGACAGCAAACCUGUCCUCCCUACUGUUCCCACCUCAGUUGGGCUGCAGCUACCUCCCACGCUGCCAAGUAUGAUGGGAGGUUUUGGUGAGUCUCCAAACCUCACUCCACUCAACAGGUCCCCUCAGAGGCCGUCUCCACCAUCGAGUGAGUGUGCAUCUUUGUCCCCUAAUAUUGCCACUGAUUCUUGCAGGACCACUACUUCACCUUCCCCAAAACCCUGCAUAGGAAGUGAUGCACCUCCUCUCUUGAAACCUGAGGGCAUUCUCUUGCCACCAAGCUGCUCUACCAGGCCAGGGGAAAACACCACCGUCACAACUACAGUGACUCAAGUGGUUCUUUCUUCUACUGUCACCUCCACCACUUCACCAAUCAGCGGCAAGGUCACCGAACCCAUCACUAGCCCCAACUCUGUUUCUAACUGUGUCUCCCAUCCUGUCCUUCCUAUGCUCUCAGACCAGUUUAAGGCUAAGUUUCCAUUUGGGGGCCUCUUAGACUCUAUGCAAACCUCAGAGACGUCAAAGUUGCAGCAGCUGGUUGAAAAUAUUGACAAGAAGAUGACUGACCCAAACCAGUGUGUCAUCUGUCAUCGUGUAUUGAGUUGCCAGAGUGCUCUCAAGAUGCACUACCGCACUCACACUGGUGAAAGGCCUUUCAAAUGCAAGAUAUGUGGGCGUGCAUUCACCACCAAGGGAAAUCUAAAAACACACUUUGGUGUCCAUAGGUCCAAACCCCCACUUCGGGUCCAGCACUCCUGCCCUAUAUGUCAGAAAAAGUUCACUAAUGCUGUUGUGCUGCAGCAGCACAUCCGUAUGCACAUGGGAGGGCAAAUCCCCAACACCCCGGUCCCUGAAAGCCUCCAGGACAUGGACACUGAUCUCUCCUUUGAUGAGAAGAGCUUAGAUGCAAUGAGUAAUUAUGAUGAUGAUCUUCUAGAUGAACUAGAGCAGGCUAUGGAUGAUGAGGCUGACUUCAAAGAGGGAGAAAUUGACCCAUCAAAACCUUAUUCACCUGGAAGUUCCCCACCUACUUCCAUCAUCUCCAGCAUUGCUGCAAUGGAGAACCAAAUGAAGAUGAUCGACUCUACUGUCAACAUGACCAGUUCAUUUGGACAAAAGACUCUACUGAACGGCAGCAGUUUUGGAGGAGAGACUGAUUGUUUUGCCACUGAUUCGCUGUCUGCAGUGGGGGAUGCUGAAGGUCAAAGCUUGGGGAGCCCUGCUUUGUCUGAGUCCUCUGACUCUAUGCAGCAUUUGUCCCCAGCUCACAGCCACUCUGAGAGCCAGCGAUCCAAGUCCCCAGCUACACUCAACAGUAAUAACAACAGCAGUGCCAUGACAGGAGAGGAAGGCCUGGAGAACAAUACAGCUGGCUUGGCAACAGUGAAGUCAGAAAAAUCAGAGACCCCAUCUCCGCUUUCUGCUGCUGAAGGCAAUGGGGCCCUUGACCUGACUGCCACUCAACAUGGCAGGCACUUCAUCAAGGAGGAGAGCCACUUCAACAUGCUGCUUCUAAACAGGGAUCGAGGGCUGAGCACUCCUAAUUUAGCCAGCACUGCUUCAAACAUGGUCAAAAUGGAAAUGAACGGACACGGCAAGUCAAUGUCUCUGAGUGACAACUCUCACCUGCCUGUGGGCAUCCAAGUUCCAGCUGCAACACCACAGACCACAAUGAGUCCCAGCAUCAACCCCAUGUUGGCUCCCCCGCCUCCUAGACGCACUCCUAAGCAGCACAACUGCCACUCGUGUGGGAAGAAUUUCUCUUCAGCCAGUGCUCUGCUAAUACAUGAGCGCACACACACUGGGGAAAAACCAUUUGCCUGCUCCAUUUGUGGAAGGGCCUUCACCACAAAGGGUAAUCUAAAGGUUCAUAUGGGAACACACAUGUGGAACAAUGCUCCAGCUCGAAGGGGUCGGCGACUGUCUGUAGAGAAUCCCAUGGCCCUGCUGGGCGGGGAUGCCAUGAAGUUCAGCGAGAUGUUCCAAAAGGAUCUGGCGGCGCGGGCCAUGAAUGUCGACCCUGGUUUUUGGAACCAGUACGCUGCAGCCAUCACCAACGGGCUGGCCAUGAAAAACAAUGAGAUCUCUGUGAUCCAGAAUGGAGGAAUCACCCAGCUGCCCGUCAGCCUUGGCGGUGCGGGAAUCACUUCAUUGGGAGCCAUGCCUGGAGGAAUGGACCGUGUUCACACGGGCGGCAGCCCUCCCAUGACGGGGAUGGAGAAGGUUGGUCUGGAAGUUGGGGUCAACCGCCCCUUCUCCAGAUUUAUGGAGGAGAACAAAGAGAUUGGGAUCAACUAAAAAAAACUUUCUGUAUUAUUCCAAGGUAGGCCUUUGGUAAAGACUAAGAGUCUGAUGACAAGGAAAUAAACUGCAGAUCCAGUCUGAACUUGUGUGUGUUAUAUUAUGUACAGAUUAAUAUUUUUGUUUGUUUUUGGAAAUAUAGUAUUUAGUAUUGAUUAGAGGUCUUUGCCUUUCACUCAUUGCGUCCUCACUUGAUAUUUCACCUAUACGAUGAAUACUUUGUCUCUUGUUUGAGAAUAUGUCGUCUUGCAAGAUUUGCAUGGUACUUAUUGGUUUUUAUUAGUAUGUUUGACUGCUUUUAUGAUUUUUUUUUUUUUUUGAAAACCAGGAUCCUGCCUCAUUUAUGAUGGGCAAGCAUCUAAUAUGGACAGGACUAAAACUGAGCAGAACAAGGGUUUGUGUAAAGACAGUCUUGCCUUUUCCUGGGAACCUUGUUUAUGAUUGCCCAUGGAUAGACUGAAGAAAAGACUGAAGUAUAGUGUUUCUGUGCUUGCCUGAUUUUUUUUUUCUCAUGAACUAGAAAACUUGAAAAAAGAUGUUUGAAAUAUUUCAAUCUUUACAUUUAGUCUCCCAGCAUUGUCUUAUAAUAUUGUCCUGUGUCUUUAGUAUUUAUGAUAUUGACAAAAAAGCGGGUAUACAAAAAUAUAUUUAAUGGCCCAAGCAUUUUAUUGAUCCAUUUCUUUUCUAAACUGCAGGCUUCACUGGUGAAUAUCUCUUUCAAUAAAGAAAAUAUGUUGUCCGAGUUUAACAACGGACAAAAAAAAUUAGGAUAUCUAUUGAGACUAUGUGUUUCUCAUAACAUGGUUAAGAGGCUAGAGAUAUCUGAAGCUGCUACAAACACAACCCUGCUUUUAACCUUUGUAAAAAGAAAAAAGAAGUGAUCCUUUUGAAGAAAUAUCUAUGUAUAGAAAUACAGACAAAUCUAAAACAGGUAUGCAUAUUUUGUAUCACAUAAAAAUAGACAUCAUGAGUUGAGAGUAUUUGUCAUGUUUGUGAAUGCACUUUUUAAAAACAAGACGUUUUGUCUGUGAUUUACCGUUAACCUUUUGACUGAGCUAUCUAUCACGUGCUGUUUUCAUUGUUUUCAGCGUACCACUCCUACAAUUUGCAGAGUCGGUUCUCUGUUAUUGCAUCUGUGCUACUCGUCAGAGUGCAAACUCAUCACUCAAUCAAAACCUUCUUAAAUAAAUAAAAAAAAGAAAACA